AUGCAAGCAAAAACAAAAACAUCAAUACCAGGGCUUUAUAUAAUAGAAAAUUUUAUUACAGAAAAUGAAGAAAUACAAUUAAUUAAUCAAAUUGAUUCGAUGCAUUGGUCAGGAAAUGGAAUACCAAAAAUUAUGAAAGAUUUAGGUCCAUUACCAGAUUUUCUAGAUUUUAUAAUUAAAAAAAUUAUUAAUCAAGAAAUUGAUCAAGAACCUCCAAAUAUGUGUAUAAUAAAUGAAUAUGAAGCUGGCCAAGGAAUAAUGCCUCAUAUAGAUACUGCAACUAUUUUUGGUCCUGUGGUAUUAAGCCUUUCAUUACUAUCUUCUUGCUUAAUGAAAUUCACCCAUUCAGAAGAUUCUUCAAAUCAACACUCUAUAUUGCUAAAACCAAGAUCACUUUUAAUCAUGACAAAAUCAUCGAGAUUUGAUUAUAAACAUUCAAUCUCAAAUGAUUAUAUAGAAUAUUAUGGUAAUAAAGAAAUAAUCAGAAGUCGUAGAGUCAGUUUAACAUUUAGAACAAUGCAUUCAUUUAAUCAACAAGAAGAUGAGGCAGAAGAAGAAUGUUAA